AGUUUGCAUGCUGUAGGCUACCUAUGGUUUUCGGACACUUUGAAUCAUAGAACUAUGCUGUGUAACGAUGAAACUGGCAAAAUGUUUGGGAAACCCAUCCCAGGUUCAGUUUCAUUUAUCAGUUGUCGAUGUAUGACCUAAAGUGGAACAGGCCAGACUGCAUAUUUCUGUCUAGGUGAGGAGUGUUAAGAGAAGCACUGGCAUGAUAAGCAUCACCUUCUGGGAGAGUAAGCAUGUUUUUAAACACGUUUGGUGAGUGAUUCAGUUCGUCUCUAUAUUUCCUGAAACCCUCUUCUAACAGCCCUACUAGGCUUAAUGGAUAGUGAUUCAUUUUUUGACCUCUCGGGUGCUGAUGUUUCAGUCGGUCUACCAGUGGAGAGUGGUCAUCAAAGUUCAGCCAACCCAUUUUUACCAACAGCACAGAAUGGGCCUACCAUCAGCCAAUGGAAUCCUUUCUAUUCAACCCCACAGGACUACGGCGUGAAAAUGGUUGAUGAGGAGAACAACAUAAUUCAAAGUAAAUUCUUACAAAAUAUGAAGAAUUUAAACAUAGGACAGAGCGACUCCUUUAAUCAGACAAAAACAGAGUCACCACCAUAUUUCGAUUUAAACUUGGACAAUACUCUCUUUCCAGCCCCGGACUGGGUUGUGCCUCCCCCACCUGAUUUUUGUCAGGACACCGAUUCACAAACAUUUAACAACCACACGCUAAAUGUUCGUCAAACCCCACAACCAUUUGAAAUUUGGGAUAAAGAAGCAGCCAUUUGUCAACUUUUGAAUGAAAAUGUGGGCACUGAUUUGCAUAGCACCCCGGCCAAUCAGAACACAGAAUCAGAAUCUCCAUCAUUAUCCAAUCAGAGCGAUAAUCUUACGGACUUUAUUUUCUCCAGGCAGGCCGAAGCCAGAACCUUUCCAACACUACAAUACAAUUCAACAAAAGUUUUUCAAAAAAACAUGAACACGGCCAGAUUCUUUGAGACUUCAACAACAGAUAACUUAUUUCAUUCAUUACCUACCACCUCACCUCACGUUUCCAAAACCAAGGAAACAAAUAAUGAUCUUUUUAACACAUUCCCUUCCAUCACUGAAAAAGAGACCUCGUCAUCUACACCAUUAGUUCCACCUUUAAUGCAGUCCAAUAUUAACGGGUUUAAUUAUCUAUCUGAUGGACCAGCCAGUACUCAGAAUGAUGUAAAGUUUAAACACCAGAGGAGUAGCUAUGACAUGCCACACACCAGCCCAGGUGGUACAAUGCAUGACAUUUCUCAAAUGGGUGCACAAAAUGGAAUCCGGGACAUAUUUCCUGUUGCGGCACCUUCCGCCAGCUCCUCGCCCAUUGGGAACCUGAACUACAGAAGACGUCCUCCUGUACCUUCACCUCGCAGUAAAGCCCCUAAGAAUGCUUUCAGUAACGAUAUCACAUCCUUGCUGCAGACACCAUCACCUCCCACACUUAUCUCUCGUGGUACAGCUAGCGUCCAGAACAUGACAUCAACAGCAGAGCUUAAUCUCCCAGUUUAUGAGGACAUUCUUCUCACUGGUCAGGAAUAUUGCGUAGAAGACUGGCCGGAGGACAGUCCAGAACGUUUCUCUGAACGGAAACCAACUGGCAAGUUAAAGCUUAGAAGAGAUUCAAUACGGGUUCCUGAAAUCAAUGGAAUUGAUGGAACGGCUGAUACAAAGAAACAAAAAAAGAAAGUCAAAGUCAAAUUUGUUCCAAAAAAAGGAUUUGUAAUUGGUUUUGAAAAGGAGAAUAACAAUGCUGAACUAAAGGGAGCUUGUGGGUAUACAGUUCAUUCAGACUUUAUGAAGGCAGCCAGUGAGGAGAAAGAAUUUCAUAAAGGAGCAGAUCCCUUCACUUCCAUAGAUUCCAAUGAAAAGCACCAAGAGAUGCAAGACUGUCGACCAAAGAAAUCAACGAAAUUUAAAGUUCUCCGUUCGCAAAGUCAAUCCAAGAGAACUGAAGAUGCAGAGCUCAAGCUGCAACCAAACAGUGAUGCUUCAAAGAUAAAGAAGACACCGAUUCCUAUAGUGCCAGAACUGACCCUGAAAAAUUCGAAGGAAAAUAAACCACAGAAAUUUAAGCAAAUGGGGAAGCAUCUCAAGAGGUCCACGAAUAAAGAAAUCAAGGACCUUCCUGAAGACCUUGACCUUCCCACCUCUAAAGACUAUUUUCUGUCUGACACUGCUAAGGAAAAUAAACCACAGAAAUCCAAGCAAAUGGGAAAGCAUCUCAAAGGGUCCAAGAAUAAAGAAACCAAGGACUUUCCUGAAGACCUUGACCUUCCACGUACCACCUCUGAAGACUAUUUUCUGUCUGAUGCUGCUAAGGACAUUAAACCAAAGAAAUCCAAGCAAAUGGGCAAGCAUCUCAAAUGGUCCAAGAAUAAAGAAACCAAAGACUUUCCUGAAGACCUUGACCUUCCAUGUACCACCUCUGAAGACUAUUUUCCAUCUGAUGCUGCUAAGGACAAUAAACCAAAGAAAUCCAAGCAAAUGGGCAAGCAUCUCAAAAAGUCCAAGAAUAAAGAAACCAAGGACUUUCCUGAAGACCUUGACCUUCCAUGUGUCACAUCUGAAGACUAUUUUCCAUCUGAUGCUGCUAAGGCUGAAUGGAUGUCUUCUCAGAUGGACAUAAGAAGAGCAAGAGGUCAGGAGGCAAAGGAGAGCCUUGAAAAAGUGGAAGAAGAUGAGGACACUGACAGCCUCACGGAGUGGUGGAAUACAGUGGAGUUUUGGGAUGAAUUGCCGCCUGAUGAGAAAAUCAGCCUCAAAGAGGAUGAGAACAUAUCAUUUAAAGUGAUUGCAGAUAAGGUUCAUCGUGGCCUCCGCGUGUACUUAAAACUCUUCAUGGAGCGAGCUGAACUUCUCUACCAGCAUGUGCUGAUUUUAUAUGCCAUUGCUGAUGACCUCAGUAACUUCCAUCAUCGGGCAAAAAUAGUAAACAUCACUGGAGGAACCGCCUCAGCUGUGGGAGGGGCCGCUGCUAUCACUGGCCUGGCUUUAGCACCAGUCACUUUUGGUGCUUCACUCUUAAUCUCGGCCAUUGGACUAGGUGUGGCAACAGCAGGUGGCAUCACAGCGGCUUCAGCGACUAUUUCGGAUAAUUUCAACAACAUGCACGACCGUAAGAAUAUUGAAAUAAUCGUUCAGGACUACGAGACCCAGUUGAUUGAAAUGCAACACUGUUUGCAAUUUAUAACUGAAGGUCUAAGACGCCUACAUAGCCAUCCGUUACUACGACGAAACAACUACUAUCUCGGUGAGUGGGAAGUACGUCGAGCUCUGCAAACUAUUACCUUUGUAACUGGCCCAGUAGAGCGAGCUGAAGAAAUAAUGAACCAUACACUGGCCAGGUUGAACAGCCUUCAUAAAGGAAUGGACAGGUACUUUACAAAAGACUCAAAAGACGUGAAGAAAGGAUGUAAAAAGGAGGUGACCGCUGAAGUUAGAACCUUGGCCAAGUAUCUGCACGAAGCCUUAGUGGAGCUCAACUCCAUCAGAGAAAAGCUACUUGAUGCAAUUGGAAACCUUUGAAAAAUGGACAUAACUAGAAUAGACCAGUUAAAUAAGCAGUCUAUAUAUAAUCCAUAAUGCUAAUGGCGAACAAAGAACAAUGUCUCUUAAAAAUAGGCAACAAGUAAAAAAAAAUGUCUAAUCUGACCAAACAGGUAUAUAGCUACUGCAACGGAAACAAUUUUAUUUUUAACAAUUUUAACAUUUACUAUACUGCUGUAUUGGUUACAGUUACUUAAGAAAUGAUGUUUACCUUAUGAUGACAAUAAGCAAAAAAAUGUUUCUACUGCCUUUAAACGAACAUAUCAUAAAACAGCCAUGUUAAAACUGUAACAACGUAACGUAACGUUUCCUUCACCUUGCCUGUGAAAAUCCAGCUAAAGUAUUAUUUUGUGAUUUACUGUUUUCAAAUCAUUCUACGUGAUGUAAAGUACAUUCUGUGAAAAUAUUACUUUGAUGUCUUUAAUAAGUCAAAAUUUGAUGGUUGUGACUGGGUCACAAACUUGUCAUUGUUGUAAGUGUUGCGCAAUUGUAGAAAAAAGUCUUCUAUUCUGUCAAAUCUUACAAAACAAUACUAUAUGGUUGUACAAAUGUUUUGAACUUCAAUAAACAACAAAAAAAGACUUACAAAUGAGAGAGCAUUUAACAUAAAUGUUGCAUAAAUGCCGUAAUGAACAUUUACAUUUAUGUAUUUGGCAGACGCUUUUAUACAGAUGCUGCACAUUAUCAGUAUUACAUUAUUAAUGAUUUGAUUACAUUAAUAAUUAUUGUAAUGUAAUGAGAUGUUCAUAAUGUAAUAACUUUCACAAAACAUAAAAUCUUGAUCUUACAAUUUAACUACUCAGAAACGGAUA